AUGCCCAGAGCGUUAGUACCAGAAACAACGAUAAAUGCUGAAACUGGACAAGUCAAAAUGGAACGCAAUCAUGAAACUAUAAAUAAUUUCAAUGAAUUUAUAAUCGUUGCUUGUCGUUCAAAUAUGGACAUAAAGUUCAUAUGGAGUGUGUUGCGAUGCUAUAAUACAAUAGCAUCACAACAGAAACUAUCUGGAGUUCAAGUGGCGUCGUAUCUCAUGAACUGGCCCGAUCAUUAUACAUCUCACAAAUUUGAAAACUUAUUCCUGAUCGGUAUUGAAAGUUAUUUAGAAAAAUCCUUGCACGAAAAACAGAAUUCUGAAGUUACAACCGCAAACAGUACAACAAUGGACGUGCCAUACACGGAAGAAAACCUAAAUGUGGAAGAAGUGGAAACGAAUGAUCUUAAUGAACAGUUUUCAAUAGGACAGACCAACAUUCCGAACAACUAUGCGUUAGUUAACAUCCGAAUUGAUUACCAAUAUCGUCCCAGUGAAAUAGUCAAUACGUGUUUAUACGAUUUUGUUCGUAUGUACCAUAAGAAAAAAGUUGAUAAAAUGGAUAAAACAUAUUUCGACAAUCAAGCAGAAAGCAAACAAUCUGGACCUCAAAUCAAAAGACGUGGCCCACAACCAAAUCAAAGGCUGAAAUUCAAAGAAAAUCAUCCGCAGUACGAAUCUCACAUCUUGAUUCAGCGUACAGAUACUGUUGUACCCGUUUUGAUUGGACCUCAGAUCCCUCGAAAAGAUCGAGAAGACACGAGAGAACGAAAAGAUCGGGACGAGCAUUUAAUUCAAGUUAUUGAGCAAACAAAAGCAGCGGAUGACAACAUCGACUCGGUCUAUAUACCGAAAAAUUUUGCUCGAGACGACCUAAGUGAGAUGGAUGACUCAAAAGAUCUCGUUGCACUACUGGAAUUCAACGCUGAUCACGAUAUGACGAGUGAGUUAUCUGACUUAGAUGCACAAACAAUGAAGCCAAAUGAUGCGUAUAUUCGCGACGCAAUUCUUUCGAUUAAACAAACUGAAAAUCAAAGCACAAUCCCUCAUUUGUCAGCAGCAACGACGGCUAAUCAGACGAAUUUCAUUAUAAAUACGGAUUCAUACAACAAAGAAGCCACAACUAGUCACAUUCGACUGAACAAGAUCUGGAAGAAACAACUGAAUAAGGCAAAACAAAAGGCCGGAGAGAAAAUGCUAAACGGUGAAGAAGGAGAGCAUGAAGACCAAAAUUUUGCAGAAGCGCCGAAUGUAAAUCGGAACGUGGUAGACCUAGACGACGAAAGUAAUAUUCAAUCACUAACCGAACAAGUGACAAGCAUCACAGCCGUGUCGUUUCGGAAACACCAAGAACGAAUAUCCAAACAAUUCACGCUGAACGAAGCUCAAACUCGCGCGUUUAUGAUCAUUACCGAUCAUAUCAAUGGAGACAACCGCUUGAAAAAAGACAAUAAACAAGAUCAGUUAUUAAUGUGUGUACCUGGUCCGGGUGGCACAAGAAAAUCUCAACUAAUUCAUGCAAUUACAGAAUAUUUUUCAAUAACAAAACGCAGUCAUGAACUACGAAAACUAGCACCAACAUCGAAUGCUGCAGCCCAGAUUGACGGCCUCACAAUUCACUCUUUCACAUCAUAUAGAAAUCUAAAAACGAUAAGCGCAGUUCAACGAACAACGAUCGAAAAGGAAUGGCGACGUGUUCGAUAUAUAAUCAUUGAUGAGAUGUCAAUGGUGGGUGUUUACUUAUUAGGACAACUGGGUGGUUUGUUGACGCUAGCCAAGCACUACAGUCCAAGCAUACCAUUUGGAGACAUUAACGUCAUAUUCUUUGGAGAUUUCAUCCAGUACGAUCCUGUGGGAGACCAAUCAUUGUAUUCCGACAUUAUUUCCGAUAAAACACAGAAGAAGAAAAUCAAAGAGACACGUGUUGCUACAUGUGCAUCUGGACGAGCACUGUGGGAACAAAUAAACACUGUAGUAAAGUUAGAAAAGCAGAUGAGAACAAGUGACUCAAGAUAUCUGCAACUUCUUCAACGUCUUCGGAAAGGCGAAUGUACAGUUGAUGAUCAUGAAUUACUGACGACACGAGUUAUAGACCCAAAUCACGAUGUGAAAUCUCUCGAUACAGAUGAAUGGAAAAAAGCACCGAUCCUCGUCUUCAGAAAUGAAUUACGAACUGAAUUGAACAUUCUAGCUACCGCGUCCGAAGCAUUUGAAAGGAUGUUAAGCCGUUGGUAUGCAUUGCUCAAGACGAAUUCAAAAUUAACAUCGACAAUCCGGAUUUUCACAAAUACCUCCUGGAAUCACCAGAUAAUAAAACAAAAUGGCUACCUGGAUACUUACCGUUAG